CAUGGCAGAGAAAAGUAACGGUCGAUCGGGCAACCACGACGACGCGGACGGAAUAACUCCAAACCAUAACACCGCGAUCGCUAGAAAUCAACACAUUAACGGCGCGGGUGACUUAGUGCAAAAUAGUUAUACAAACGGCCAAACAUCGCAAGCGACCAUAUAUCUUAACCAUAGCAAUAACAAUAAUCACAGAGGCCAAUACAACCACCAACAACUGGGCAACACUCACCUGCCCAAUAAUAAUAAUAGUCCGCCAAAUUCCGCCAACGCGUGUGUUUACAACAAUAACAACAGUGAUCAGAAUUUCAGCAAUUUAAGUUUCUACGCACAACAACCAAAGGCGUCAACAAACACCGGCGACGUUUUCUAUCAUCAACAGCCCAACGAAUAUUAUCCACAGCAGCAGCUCCAAAAUCAACAGCAGUUGCCGGAUCAAUACGACGAGAAUUUUGACGAAGACAUGGAAGCUGAACGUGAUCUUGCCGAGGAUGCGCAAUGGAAGAAAAUCCAACAGAAUACCUUUACACGUUGGGCCAACGAGCAUCUAAAGACCAUCGAUCGUUCCAUAAAUAAUUUGGAAACUGAUCUAUCCGAUGGCCUUAGAUUGAUUGCCCUUGUUGAGGUUUUGUCGCAGAAACGUUUGCCCAAACAUAAUAAACGACCAACAUUCCGUAGCCAGAAAUUGGAAAAUGUUUCAGUGGCCUUGAAAUUCCUCCAGGAUGAGGGCAUCAAAAUUGUUAAUAUUGAUUCGUCGGACAUUGUGGACUGUAAGCUGAAAUUGAUACUGGGUCUGAUAUGGACACUUAUUCUCCACUAUUCGAUAUCGAUGCCCAUGUGGGAUGGUGAGGAUGAGAAGCAAUUGAAUGGCUCGGGUCCGACACCUAAACAGCGUCUACUCAACUGGAUACAUACUAGAAUACCCGAUAUGCCCAUAAAUAACUUUACUAAUGACUGGACUACUGGCAAGGCUGUGGGUGCUUUAGUUGAUGCCUGUGCCCCGGGUCUCUGUCCCGACUGGGAGCUCUGGGAUCCCAAAGAUGCUGUGCAAAAUGCCUCUGAGGCCAUGGGUUUGGCUGAUGAUUGGCUUAAUGUACGCCAGUUGAUAAAGCCCGAGGAACUGGUCAAUCCCAAUGUUGACGAGCAAUCCAUGAUGACCUAUUUGUCGCAAUAUCCCAACUCAAAGCUCAAGACUGGAGCUCCUUUGCGUCCCAAGACUAAUCCAAAUAGCAUUCCUCCGCCGCGAGUACGUGCCUAUGGACCUGGAAUUGAACCCAUUGGACCUGUGGUUGGGGCACCAGCCAACUUCACCGUCGAAACUUUCUCCGCUGGCAAAGGCGUUGUCGAUGUUGAGAUCGAAGGACCAAACGGAGAGAUCGAGAAAGCUGAUGUGCGCUUCAAUCAAGACAAGAAUCUCACAUAUACCGUCUCCUAUAUACCCAAGGCUGAGGGUCAGCAUAAGGUAACCGUUAAGUUUUCGGGUCGCGAUAUUCCGAAAAGUCCGUUCCCCGUAAAAGUUGAAGGACAUGCCGGAGAUGCAUCUAAGGUUCAGGUAACUGGUCCUGGCAUUCACCCUACUGGUGUGACCAUCAAGAAACCCACCUUCUUUGACAUACUCACCAAGGAUGCUGGACGCGGUGUUCCGGAGGUGAUAAUCAUUGAUCCUGCCAAUCAUAAAACUUCCGUGGCGGCCAAAGUGCGCCAGUUGGAGAAUGAUACUUGGCGUUGCGAAUAUGUCACCGCUCUGCAGGGCUUGCACUCGGUUAAUGUGUUCUAUGCCGGCACACCAAUACCGAACAGUCCGUUCCCCGUGAAGGUUGCCCCAUUGUCAGAUGCUCGCAAAGUGCGCGCCUCUGGCCGUGGUCUUCAAGCAACGGGCGUUCGGGUUGGAGAUGAUGCUGACUUUAAGAUUUACACAGAGGGAGCCGGCGAGGGUUUACCGGAGGUGCGUGUCAUUGGACCCGGUGGCAUGAACCAAAACGUUAUGCAAUCAAAGAUCGAUGGUCAUACGUAUCAGUGCCAGUAUUAUCCCACCAAGGAGGGACGAUAUGUAGUCAUGGUUACUUAUGGAGGCCAAGAAGUACCCAAAUCACCCUUCGAGGUGAAAGUUGGUCCCAAGAAGGAGUCAUCCAUUGUGGCAUAUGGUCCUGGAUUGAGUAGUGGUGUCAUUGGAUAUCCCGCUGCCUUUGUAGUGGAGACCAAUGGUGAGACAGGUGCCCUCGGAUUUACCGUGGCUGGUCCCUCGCAAGCAGAGAUCGAGUGUCAUGAUAACGGUGAUGGCUCCGCUCUGGUCAAGUAUCAUCCAACUGCAGUGGGAGAAUAUGCUGUUCACAUUCUAUGCGAUAACGAGGAUAUACCCAAGUCACCGUUUAUUGCUCAGAUAUUGCCGCGCACCGAUUUCCAUCCGGAGUUGGUCAAAGCCAGUGGUCCUGGUCUCGAAAAGAAUGGAGUUACCAACAAUCAACCCACCAGCUUCGAUGUUGAUACCAGCAAGGCAGGCAACGCUCCAUUGGAGGUCGUUGUUCAGGAUGUCUAUGGCACCAAGAUUCCAGUGCAGCUGAAAAACAAUCCCGAUGGCACUAAGAAGGUCACCUACACGCCAACCACCGGUGUGCCACACACUGUGGAAGUCAACUACGGCGGAGUAUCAACACCCAAUUCUCCUCACCGCAUCUAUGUGGGAGUGCCCGUUGAUGCAUCUAAGGUCCAAGCAUUUGGUCCAUGGCUUCAACCUGGUGUACGUCCCAAUGUGCCCACACAUUUCAAUGUGGAUGCUCGUGAUGCCGGCGAGGCUGAAUUAAAGGUGAAGGUAAUCCAUGAAGAAACCAAAAUUGAUGUUCCCUGCCGCAUCAUCGACAACGAGGACAGUACCUAUUCGGUUGAGGUUAUUCCACCCACCAAAGGAGCAUAUACCACAACCAUGACAUAUGGCGGACAACGUGUGCCCCUCGGCCAGAAGGUGGUUGUCGAGCAGACAGUGGAUGUGUCUAAGAUCAAGGUCGAUGGACUUGAGCCGACCGCGCCCCUAAACAGUUUGCAGCAGUUCCGCAUCAUCACCCAUGGUCUACCUAAAGCGGACUUGGCAGUGACUAUCACAAGUCCUUCGGGUAAUCGGAUCAAGGCGCACAUUAUACCAACAGCAGAGGGUUUUCUUGUUAACUUUACGCCCACCCAGUUGGGAGAGUAUUUGCUGAGCAUUUGUUUUGGCGGCACACCCAUUACGCCGCGUCCCUUCCGCCUGCAAUGUCUGACUGGCAGUGAUUCUAACAAAGUCCAUGCCUUUGGGCCUGGACUAGAGCGCGGUAUUGUGGGUCAGCCGGCAGAGUUUAUGAUCGAUACGAGAGGUGCCGGCCAAGGUGGCUUGGGCGUCACAGUUGAAGGGCCCUGCGAGGCGGCCAUCAAUUGCCGCGACAAUGGUGAUGGCACCUGCAAUGUGGCCUAUCUGCCCACCGAAGCUGGCGAUUAUACAGUCAAUAUAACGUUCAAUGAGCGCCACAUCAUUGGCUCACCAUUCCAGCCCAUCAUUAUGCCAGUGCCGAAUCUGAAGAACACACGAGUCAGCGGCAUUGGCAUACAGCCCCACGGUGUUAUCAUGAAUGCUGCAACUGAUUUUAUGGUAGACAUGAGCAAGGUGGGCAGCAACAUUGAGUCGGGAAAAUUAUCCUGUGCCAUUUUUGAUCCAAUGGGUCAUGUGCUGCCUAGCAAGAUUGUUCAAGGACCUACUGAUGACAUUUUCCGCAUUAUGUAUACUCCAUUUGAGGCUGGACGACACACCAUUGAGCUUAUGUAUGACAAUAUACCCGUUCCGGGAUCGCCAUUUGUGGUGAAUGUUAAGAGCGGCUGUGAUCCAGCACGCUGCAAGGCCUACGGACCAGGUCUGGAGAAGGGUCUAACCAAUCAGAAGAACAAAUUCACCGUCGAGACCAAAGGUGCUGGUAAUGGCGGUCUCUCGUUGGCCAUCGAAGGCCCAUCGGAGGCUAAAAUGACCUGCACGGAUAAUCGCGAUGGCAGCUGUGAUGUUGACUAUUUGGCCACAGAUCCGGGAGAGUAUGAUAUAACCAUUCGCUUUGCGGAGAAGCAUAUACCCGGCUCUCCCUUCCGAGUGGUCGUGGAAGAGACUGUCGAUCCCAGCAAGGUGAAGGUCUAUGGUCCAGGCAUCGAGCAUGGACAGGUGCGCGAAAGUGUGCCUACCUAUUUCAAUGUAGAUGUAGGCGAGGCUGGUCCUGGCCGCAUUGCCGUUAAAUUGACCAAUUCAGAGGGCAUACCUGUGGAUAAUCUGCGUGUGGAGGACAAGGGUGAUUGUAUUUAUGCCGUGCACUAUGUGCCACCCAAAGCUGGUUCAGUGCUAACCUGCCAAGUGAAAUUUGCCGAUGUUGAAGUGCCAUGCAGUCCAUUCGUGAUGACAGUCUUCCCCAAAUCCGAGGCCACUAAGGUCAAGGUCAAGGGUGUAAAUGAGAAAAAGAAGACACCAGCUUCACUACCAGCCGAAUUUGAAAUUGAUACCAAACAAGCGGGUCAGGCUGACAUCAAUGUGGCCAUCAAGAAUCCAAAGGGCAAAGCCAUGCAGCCGCGCCUCGAAGAAGUGGCCAGCGGGACUUAUGUGGUAUCCUUUGUGCCCGAUGAGUGCGGCACAUAUCAGUGCAGCAUUAAAUAUGGUGACAAGGAGAUUGAGGGCUCUCCCUUCAAACUCGAAGCAUUCCCCACCGGCGAGGCCAAGAAAUGUAAGCUAGUUGAGCAGGCACCCAAAAUUCUACCGUCGGGCAGUCAAUCCCAUCUCAAAGUGGAUGCACGUGAGGCGGGCGAUGGUGCAGUAACCUGCAAGAUCACCAACAAGGCUGGCAGCGAAAUUGUGGGCAUUGAUGUGAUUGAGAAGGAUGGAUUCUUCGACAUACUUUAUGCUCUAAAUGACCCUGGCGACUAUGACAUCAAUGUUAAAUUCGGUGGCAAGGAUAUACCGAAUGGUAGCUUCUCCAUUAAGGCUGUCGAAAGCAUCGAACAAUACGAAUACGUCGAAGAGCAUUCAACCAAGGUGAUUAAGCAAACAACUCAGAGCGAACUUGUUAACGGAAAGAGUGAAAUCACAUAUCGUAGUGUUGCCUUUGAGAAAUUGCCACUCCCCACAACAGGCGGUAACGUUACAGCUGAAGUCAGAAUGCCAAGCGGUAAGAUAGACAAACCAGUUAUUCAGGACAAUCGUGAUGGUACCGUCUCGGUGAAGUACGAUCCACGCGAGGAGGGCUCUCACGAGUUGGUGGUUAAAUACAACGGUGAACCCGUCCAGGGAUCACCCUUCAAAUUCCAUGUGGAUUCCAUCACCUCGGGCUAUGUGACAGCCUAUGGACCAGGUUUGACGCAUGGCGUCACUGGUGAACCAGCCAAUUUCACCAUCUCAACCAAGGGAGCCAGCGCCGGAGGCCUGACCAUGGCCGUUGAGGGUCCCAGCAAGGCUGAGAUCAACUACCAUGACAACAAGGACGGAACCGUGUCGGUACAAUAUCUGCCAACGGCACCUGGUGAAUAUCAGGUUUCGGUGCGUUUCGGUGAUAGGCACAUUAAGGGCUCCCCGUACUUUGCCAAGAUCACUGGCGAGGGUCGUAAGCGUAAUCAGAUUUCUGUGGGCUCCUGCUCUGAGGUGCAAAUGCCCGGUGACAUUACGGAUGAUGAUCUCCGUGCUCUCAAUGCCUCCAUUCAGGCACCCAGCGGUUUGGAGGAGCCAUGCUUCCUGAAGCGUAUGCCCACUGGCAACAUUGGCAUUUCAUUCACUCCCCGUGAGAUUGGCGAGCAUUUGGUGUCGGUUAAGCGUAUGGGCAAGCACAUCAACAACUCCCCCUUCAAGGUCACCGUCUGCGAACGCGAAGUGGGCGAUGCCAAGAAGGUUAAGGUAUCUGGAAUCGGACUUAAGGAGGGCCAGACCCAUGCCGAUAACAUCUUCUCGGUGGAUACCCGUAAUGCCGGAUUCGGUGGUCUCUCCGUUUCCAUUGAGGGUCCCAGCAAGGCGGAAAUCCAGUGUACCGAUAAGGACGAUGGCACUCUGAACAUCUCCUACAAGCCCACCGAACCGGGUUACUACAUUGUCAAUUUGAAGUUCGCUGAUCACCAUGUCGAAGGAUCGCCCUUCACAGUGAAAGUAGCCGGCGAGGGAAGCAAUCGCAAGCGCGAGAAGAUUCAGCGUGAGCGCGAUGCCGUGCCCAUUACGGAGAUUGGCAGCCAGUGCAAGUUGACCUUCAAGAUGCCAGGCAUCACAUCCUUCGAUUUGGCCGCCUGUGUGACGUCGCCAAGCAAUGUGACUGAAGAUGCUGAGAUUCAGGAAGUCGAGGAUGGCCUCUACUCGGUGCACUUUGUGCCCAAAGAACUGGGCGUGCACACUGUUUCCGUGCGUUACUCUGAGAUGCAUAUUCCCGGCUCACCCUUCCAGUUCACCGUGGGUCCACUGCGUGACUCUGGCAGCCAUUUGGUGAAGGCUGGCGGCUCUGGUCUGGAGCGCGGCGUGGUCGGUGAGGCAGCUGAGUUCAAUGUAUGGACACGCGAGGCUGGCGGCGGUUCAUUGGCCAUUUCCGUGGAAGGCCCCAGCAAGGCUGACAUUGAGUUCAAGGAUCGCAAGGACGGCAGCUGCGAUGUGUCCUACAAGGUCUCCGAACCAGGAGAGUACCGUGUGGGCCUCAAAUUCAAUGACCGUCACAUACCCGACUCGCCAUUCAAGGUCUACGUCUCUCCGGAUGCCGGUGAUGCUCAUAAACUGGAAGUACAGCAAUUCCCCCAGGGCAACAUCCAGGCCGAUGCUCCGUAUCAGUUCAUGGUGCGCAAGAAUGGAGCUAAGGGCGAUUUGGAUGCCAAAAUCGUGGCCCCCUCAGGAACCGAUGACGAUUGCUUCAUUCAAAAUAUCGACAGUGAGAUGACCUCGGUUCGUUUCUAUCCACGUGAGAACGGCAUUCAUGCCAUUCAUGUCAAGUUCAACGGCGUCCAUAUUCCCGACUCGCCAUUCAGAAUCAAGGUCGGCAAGGAUGUGGCCGACCCAGCCGCUGUGCAUGCCACCGGCAAUGGCCUCGAUGAUGUCAAGACGGGCCACAAGCAUGAUUUUAUCAUCAAUACCUGCAAUGCUGGUGUCGGCACACUCGCUGUCUCCAUCGAUGGCCCAUCCAAGGUGGCCAUGGAUUGCACUGAGGUCGAGGAGGGCUACAAGGUGCGCUACACUCCCCUGUUGCCUGGAGAGCACUACAUUACGGUUAAGUACAACAACAUGCACAUUGUGGGAUCGCCAUUCAAGGUGCAAGCCACCGGAGAAAAGCUGGCCGAUGAGGGUGCCCAGGAGACAUCCACAGUGAUUGUGGAGACUGUGCGGAAGAUCGCCAAGGGAGGCAAAAAUACCGGAGUACAUCUGCCUACUUUCAAAUCCGAUUCCACCAAGGUGGAGUCCAAGGGCAUGGGUCUAAAGAAGGCCUACAUUGGCAAGCAAAAUCAGUUUACCAUCUGUGCCACCGAUGCAGGCAACAACAUCCUGUACGUUGGCAUGUAUGGACCAAAGGGACCCUGCGAGGAGCUCCAUGUCAAGCAUGCUGGCCACAACAACUACAAUGUUCAUUAUGUGGUACGCGAUCGCGGCCAAUACGUGCUCCUUAUCAAAUGGGGCGAAGAGCAUGUACCCGGCUCCCCAUUCCAGAUCGAUGUCUAGAUGUAGCCGGUGCAUACAUAUCAUCUAUAUGUAGUAUAUAUAUAUUUGUGCUGCAUAUAUAUAUAUAUAUUUCUAUAUACAUAUAUGGGCGCUUCAUUAUUGUGUAAACCAUAUGUUCCAGGGUCAAAUUUCGCAUCGUGUAUGUCUCUUUAAUUUUUCUUUUUUGCAUAAUUCUUUUUGUUUUAACUUUUUUUUAAGGUAAGAGUCUCUUUUUUUUUGUUAUUUUUGUACAUAAAAUGAAAUGGAAAAGAUGAAAAUUAUGUUUGCGCCAUUUUCAUAUUAUAAUUUAUCGUUUUGUUUUGCUCGUCUAUACUUAAACUAAAUUAAAAUUUAACUGUUGAGUCAAUCAAUCGAUUUUGAAAAUGAAUUAUUGUUCGAUACAAUUUAAGCACCACAAUGCAAAUUAAAUCUCUUAAACAAUUAUUUAAUACUUAAGCAAACUAAUGAAGGAAAGAUGACGAUUAUUAUGAUUAUGAUGUAUUAUGUUUUUUAUUAUCACUAUCGUAUCGACAUGUAAUUUAAAUGAAACGAAAUAAACUAAAAUUUACAAAACUUUCA